CGGAUACAGAAGUUGGGUGCUUGAAACGUUUGCCACGAUCUGGCAAUCCCAUCAGUUGCUAUAUCCAGCGUGUCGGCUAGAUACUGACCCAGCUCAUACCCUCUCCACUGCCAGCACUCCUUCUCCAUUCCUCCCUUUCCUCUCCUCCCCCUCCUUUCAUACUCAACUUCAUAACCACAUAAUCUCAUACUCGAUACUCAUCGUAGUUACUAGUCAUUAGUAUGGCCACAGCACACGCAUCACAGAACGUGAGCCCCAUGCCUGAGGGUGUCACGGAUCCCAAUUACAAGCCCCUUCCCGGUCGGCUAGGGAAUUUGACUGCUCAACAGCAGCAGGUAUUGGAUCAGUUCAAGAAGGAGUUGCAGGAGGAGGGUCAUUUUGUUCCUGAAAGAAUGGACGAUGCUAUGCUGCUCAGAUUUCUGCGGGCACGGAAGUUUGAUCUACACAAGGCGAAAGCUAUGCUCCUUGCGGCGGAACAGUGGAGGAAGGAUUUCGGCAUAGAGGAGAUCAUGAAGAACUUUGACUUCAAGGAGAAAGCCCUGGUCGACAAGUACUACCCACAAUACUACCACAAGAUGGACAAGGACGGCAGACCGGUAUACAUAGAACGUCUCGGCCUACUGGACGUAAACGAACUAUACAAGAUCACCACCCCCGAACGUCAACUCCAAAGACUCGUCUACGAGUACGAGAAGAACACACUCGAACGUCUCCCCGCGUGUUCCAAAGCCAUAGGUCACCCCGUCGAGACCUCCUGCACCAUCCUCGACCUCAAAAACGUUUCUUUAACCGCCUUUUACAGAGUCAAAGGCUACGUGAUGGAGGCAUCCGCGAUUGGUCAAGACCGGUACCCUGAAAGUAUGGGCAAGUUUUAUAUCAUCAACGCGCCCUGGGGGUUCAGUACCAUUUGGUCGUUCAUCAAGCCUUGGUUGGAUGAGGUGACGGUGUCGAAAAUUGAUAUCAUUGGGAGCACGUAUGCGGAAAAGCUCUUGCAGCAGAUCCCCGCGGAGAAUUUGCCCAAGGAGUUUGGUGGCAAGUGCGUUUGUGAGGGUGGUUGUUCGUUGAGCGAUGCUGGACCUUGGAAUCCUAACGGGAAAGAGGCUACUAGUACUUCUUGAUGAAUAAUAGAUACAUAGUAGAACGGGGUUUGUGGGUCUAAUGCAGGCUGUAUACCAUUUUAAAUUUUAUUCAUUUCGGGGAUUCUGCUGAAAUCCGUUCAUUGCAAUCAUGGUAGAAAUAUUGACUUACCCUGAAAAUCGAUUAUGCCGCACCACUAACUCACUCACGCCGCAUUAGAGUUUGAAAUUCCACUAUUCUGAACCUUUAAACGAAUAUUGUAUGUGUAACAGAGGGAGAUAUAGCUAACGACGUAAAAAGGCGUGAAAAGAUGUCGAGGAAGCAAGCCGUGCCACAGCGUAAGGUAAGAAGGGUUCUACUAAGACGAUGCAAAACAAAAAGACCACUGGUUUGCAACUUCUUAGAAGCACU